AUGCAUUGGACCACACUCCUCCUUGGCCUGUUCGAGGCAUGCGCUGCUAUAUCGACUGUCAACCGCAAAGCGUGCCAGUAUCCAACUAAGAAGCCACUGGACGGUUGCCCUCAAAAUACGAUUCUGGUGGGCCCUGGUCGCAACUUCUCUACAAUUCAGUCGGCAGUACUCAGCUUGCCGGAUGACACAACACCUCAUCACAUCCUGGUCCUUCCUGGAAACUAUACUGAGCAAGUAAAUGUUACUCGGCCCGGUCCCGUUUACCUUUUUGGUCAAACCAAAGCGCCCAACGACCAGAGCAAGAACACUGUCAAAGUGAUAUGGCGCAAUGCAACUGGAGCUGGCCUAUCAACAUUGGACAAUGCAUAUACUUCCGUCCUCACCGUUGCGCCAACCUUCAACUCGAGUAAAACUGGCACAGGACCUACCGGCGACCCCGUACCUGCAGGUACACCUUUUGGAAACACCGACUUUCGCGCAUACAACAUAGAUUUCAGCAACUUGUAUGCACCCUACUCCGCUGGUCCAGCCCUGGCAGUCUCAGUGAGCUACGCAAAUACCGGCUUCUACUACUGCGGAUUCUACUCCUACCAAGAUACCGUGUACGUCGGCAAAUUAGGCAACGCGUACUUCUAUAAGAACGAGAUAGCAGGACAAACCGACUUCUUCUACGGUUUCGGCACCGCGUGGAUUCAGUCCAGUCUUGUCUCCCUUCGUAACUGUGGCGGCGGCAUCACAGCAUGGAAGGGUACCAACACGACCUUUGUGAACAAAUACGGCGUCUACAUCCACGACUCCGACGUGAAGAAGGCCAAUUCUUCCCUCUCCAUAACCGGCCAGUGCGCACUGGGCCGCCCAUGGAACGCCCAGCAUCGUUCCAUCUUCGCAAACUGCUAUCUUGAUGAUUCGAUUCAGCCCAACGGGUACAUCAAGUGGGGUACUACGGAUCCAAGGGUGAACUUCAACACCACGAUGGCGGAGUACAAGGACUACGGGCCUGGGUGGAAUGAGACUGCGCGACUGGCAAGCAAUGUUAGCAUUGUCAUGGACAAGAAGCAGUAUGAGCCGUAUUCGACGCUGGAUAAGGUGUUUCAGUAUCCGUUUUCGGGGGAGUUUGGGAACACGGCUUGGAUUGAUAGACAUCCUGAGAGAUGA